GAAAUUGUCAGCGUCUUAAUUCAUUGUUUAUUAGUUUAUAAAGUGUAUAAUCCAUUUUUUGCUUAUGUGGCACAACAAUUGUGUCAAUCCAAUAGAAAAUAUCAAGCAUUUUUUAAAAAAUCCAUAAAUGUGCGUUUAGAAGAAAUUGACAAUUUGAAAAAAAAUCAAAUACCAAUUCUGGCAUCAUUUUUGGCACAAAUGUUGCGCAACCAUUCACUCCCCAUCACUAUUUUAAAAAAUGUUGACUGGGGAAGCCUGAACAAACUGAUGGUGAGUUUUGUUCGACAGACUUUAAUUAAAGUAUUACAAGAUAGUGAUGAAGAAGAAACCACCAAUAUAUUUCUAAAAGCAUCAAAAAAUCCUACUUUACAGUUUUUCCGUGAAGGUCUUACAUUAUUUUUAAGUCAUUUCCUUAUUAAAAAUGCUUCAAAAGACAUCAGUGACAAUAAAUUAGAAUUGUUAACAAAUAGAGUAAAAGUUGCACAGGCCGCAUUAAACCGUUGCUAAUGUGUGCAUGUGUGUACUACACGCUUCUGGAAGCCCUGUUUUUCUCUAAUUGGAUUUAAACUUACUAAUGUCAUUAAACAUAUUGUUUAUGAUUCAUUGUAUUCUCGUCUUUUGUGAACAUAACAUUUCAUUAUUUUAUAUUGUUAUUAGUUAAAUAUAAUGCCUCCAAAAGAUCCAGAAUUAAUUGCUCUUAGAAAAGAACUUGAAGAUUUAAUUGCCAAAUGUCAGCAAGACCAAAAAAGCAAACAAGACAAAACCAUUGAAGAAAUAUCUAAUGGAAUGGCUGAUGUGCCAAAGUGUAAAUUGGUCACUAAGAAAAUGCUCAAAGGACAUAUUAAUAAAGUGAACUCUGUCCACUAUAGCGGCGAUAGUAGACACGCUGUUUCCGGAUCGCUGGAUGGCAAACUUAUCAUAUGGGACACAUGGACCGGUAAUAAAGUACAAGUUAUACCAUUACGUUCAGCCUGGGUUAUGUCUGUAGCCUUUGCACCGACGGGCAAUUUCGUCGCUUGUGGAGGGAUGGAUAACAUGUGCACUGUUUACGACUUAAAUAAUCGUGAUUCGAACGGAGGAGCAAAAAUGAUACGUGAGUUGUUGGGUUACGAGGGUUUUCUGUCGUCGUGUCGAUUUGUCGACGAUAAAACCCUAAUCACCGGAUCUGGAGACAUGAAACUUUGUAUGUGGGACUUAGAAGCUGGUAAGAGAACAAAUGAAGUAGAAGCCGCUCACUGUGGAGACGUCGUGUCCUUAUCAUUGGCACCGGAGGACCAAAAUAUUUUCGUGACGGGCAGCGUGGAUAAGACUUGUAAAUUAUGGGACCGCAGGGAACUGAAGUGCAAACAAGUGUUUUUCGGACACGAGGCUGACGUGAAUUCUGUUUGUUUUCAUAACAGCGGAUACGGAUUUUCUACAGCCUCGGAGGACAAGUCCGCGCGUCUAUACGAUAUUAGGUCUGAUCAACAAAUUGCUAUGUACAAACCACCAAAUACCACUUCAGGAUUCACUUCGUGUGGUCUAUCGGUGUCUGGUAGGUUUCUGUUGGCUGGUAGCGACGAUAACUCGGUUCAUGUGUGGGACACGAUGAAAGUCCAACACAAUGGUACUUUGAACGGACACGAAAACAGAGUGACUUCUCUGAGUGUAUCACCGAAUGGUAUGUCCGUGGUCACAAGUUCCUGGGACAUGAACGUACGUGUUUGGGUUUAAACGUGGAAACUGUUAUGAAACCUAUAUGAUCACCUAAUACCUACGACUAGUGUUAAUUUCACCUAACUAUAGGUAGAUACAAUAAUAUAACAUAAUAUAUUAUGUGUUAUAUAUAUAGUUACACUAUACAAUUAUUAUAUUCGUUUAAACAAUUAAAAUCCAAUCAAAUGAUGUUUUGUAAAAUAUCGGAAAACUGUUUAAUAGCAUGCUUAUUCAACGAUAACGCGACCGUAAUACAUUUCAUCAUUAUUUGUCACGCUUUCCAUCCUCUCUAGUCUCUACUAUAGAGAAUAUAAUUAUAUUGUAUUGCGAAAUAAUAAAAUAAAAUCCUUCAUUGUACUUAUUUGUUACUAUUAACUGUCAGUUCAUAGUGUGUUAAAGUCGUGUUACUGUAACACAGUGUUAUUUUUAUUAAAAUAUUGAAUACAAUACGUUUAUUAAGUGAA